GGGCUUUUUUCUUUGUGUCAAUACCUACACACAGGCAAAUUGGCUCAAAAAACUGUUACGACAAAUGUGACGGAUAGGGCGACCGCUCUAUCAAGCAGGGAAUACCACGGCACCGCAUAUAUUCGGCCAGCCGCCAAGGUUGGGAGGGUCCCACCCUGGCCGCCCUCUCAACCCAUAUCCUGGAGGCGGGGAAUCUACCGAUACAGUCUGGAACUAUUGGCCGGCAAAAGAGAUUCAGGUGUAGGACACUAGGUUGGAGGAGAGAAGAGAUAAAAAGGCGAAAUAGCAAUCGUCCUGUAAGGCACUGAAUUUGCAUGCUCUCAAGAGCUGCAACAUUGCGCGUAAGGCAAGGAAGAAAUGGCGGCCUUUGUUCGAGUAUCGGGACCGCCAAAUAGCAACUUCUUGGUAGGAUAUCCGGGAAUAUCAGCGACGUUGCCAAGGAUUGAGGGAAAAGUCGAAAUUCGUCCAACCAUUGGAGUAUCGGCCCCUGUUCAUAUUUCUCUCGUGACAAUAUGUCUCCAGCGAAGAGAGACGAUCCACCCGUCCGCCGAUUCCGUGACUAAGAAACACUUGGCGGCGCCUCGAAAGGAAAUUGCAGAUAUCGUGGGCAAGGAAAUGUUAUUGUUUCGAUGCGCGCCAGGGAGAGAAUAUGAAAAGGUGCUGUCUAUGGAUUUACCCUUUGUCUUGUUCAUACCGUUUGGUAGAGGAGGGGAAGAAAUGGCACGACGCGUGCCACCUGCAAGCCUUCAACUCCCGAGCAGGACAGCGGAGACUUAUUACGUGCUGGUUGUCACCGUGCAGCAAGGCCACCAGGAGCAAAGAAAAUAUAUGUUUCCAGUGCCCAUGUCAAGGUAUGACACGCUCUCGACAUUCGGCAUGUACAAUCGACCCGAAUCUGCUGAGCGGGUCUCAGACCACUUGGUCACGCUAGGUAUUUCAUUACCAAGAUGGUCUUACGGACCGCUCGAUCCCGUCAGUGUUUAUAUCAAGCUGUCACCCAAUCCGGACUGGCUAAAUAAAGCGAAGAGAGUCACGAUACAAAAAAUUACAAUUGCUAUAGAAGAGGAGAUUACCUAUAACCAUGAGGGCGAUGAGCCGCAAAAGAAGGUAAAAACGCUGACGAAGCAGUCACAACCUGUGGGUAUCAAAAUGCCGGCUGAGGGCUACUUCACAAACUUGGGCCUUAUAUUCCCUGCCAAAGAUUUGAGGGAUUCAGACGGGAUAAUACCACGUGGAAGGCCAGCGUUCCCCAUGUAUGCAGUCACCGGCUUCACCACAACAGGCAGCCUAUACAAGAUUGAAUAUUUCUUGACUGUCAAGGCCCAUAUGACAUCGGCCAAAGACAUUGUACUCCGACAACCCAUCGUUGUCUGCCCACUCGAUCAUGCAGGUUGCAAAGAGGAAAUGAUUGCGAUUGAGCAGGCCGCCAAGGAUGCGGCGCAUAUCAAUGCAGAAAAUCCUAUGCUUCCGGCGCCGACAAUAGUGCGUCCGCAUGACCACAACGCCUUGAAUGUUCUGGGCAUGACACUGGUCGGCGGCCAACGAAAACUACUUAUAGAAUGAGCCCAGUCCUUGACCAAUCAUGCAGUAUUGACUUUUUCAUGUCUCCGACGACGCAUACGAUCUAGCCUAGUUUGCGAUAUCAGGCAUGAUUUGGCAUAUAUUGAGUCUUUGUAUUAUCAGCAGUCUAUGACAGCGUGGGUAUCUUUUCGAUAUGAGGCAUAGCGCCUGUAUAUCAACGGAGCGAUUUGGCGAGCAUGGAUUUUCAGGUAUUUCAUUUUCAGUCUUCUUCCGCUUGUUCUUCUAUCUGUCUAUGGAUGAGCAGCACAAUUUCGGCGCUCGGAAAUUCUCUCUGCCUUUUUCCACCUGGCUGCAUUAUCGGAUAUUGGUGUUCUUCGGAGUUGCAGCAUCUGAAAGGUCAAGCAACAUAUAUAAUAUAUACAAGCCAUUCUAUACCGUCUUUCUAAGCAU